GUCACAUCAAAAAGUGCAGCGUGCAGCAGACGACACAUGGGUCACACAUCCACACAAACUGGCAGACGAACUUAAGACCACUCAACCCUAACGAUGGUGUCGAAUGUACAGUCUGCCACUAAAGAUCCAGACAUUGCUAACGAUUCUGUUAGAGGAAUCAAAGACAACGAUUCCUAUGUUAUAAUCGAUUCUUCAGAAGCGAAGGGAGUAGAUGAAAACGGUGACGUGGGUCAACACAAGGAUAACGAGAAGGGCGAUGAAGAGGAGGAAGAGGAUGGUAACGAGGAGGAGAGUAACUUGAUGAAGGCGCCGGAUGGAGGAUAUGGAUGGGUGGUCGUGUUUGCCAGCUUCCUUCAUCACGUCUUAGUAGGUGGGUUUGCACGCAGUGAAGGCCUGUUCUUCCUCCAGUACCAGGAACGAUUCCACUCCAGCGCACAACUGACGGCCUGGCCAAGCUCGCUCAUGUCAACAGUUAAUUUCUUCAUGGGCCCGUUGUGUGGGGCGUUUGUCAAUCGCUACAGUGUGAGAACUGCUCUAAUCCUUGCCAUCCUGCUAUCUUCAACUAGCUAUAUCCUCAACGGGUUCGCCCCCAAUGUUUACUUUUUAUUUUUCUCCUCAGCCCUUUUGGGAGGUCUUGGCCGCGGGCUCAUGUGCGCGGUGCUGCUCAUCAACCUGUACUUCGACAAACACAGGAGCGUCGCCAAUGGUUUGUCCAUGUCGGGGGUGGGGUUUGGGUCUUUCGCCAUCGUUCCACUAGUCACCAUCUUGUUUGAGGUAUAUGGCUUUACGGGUGCUUAUCUGAUAAUAGGCGCCAUAGAAUUGAAUGGGAUAGUCACCGCAAUGUUACUUCGUCCCCUCAGCAUGCAUUUGAGAUUUCUUCGGGCUGACAAAUUAAGAAAAGAGAGGCUAGCCAAUAAAGAAGAAUGCGUCAAACUGACAGCCACACCUAAAAAUAGAUCAUCCAACAGCGAUUCUCGCCAGCGAAAAUUCACUCCACAAAACUCAGUGGACAGGAGCACCGAUCAAAAAACUGAUAACAAAACGGAACUGGUCAUAGAAGACACUAUUGAGCCUGGUAAAGUCAGUCGCUCGUCUGUCGACAUCUCCGCAUCACUUCCUGAUCUGCGCAGACCGCGCAAGAAACAAAACUGCCUGCAGUCUUCUCUGGCGAUAAUUUUCCCCGUGGAGUACCAGCGGAAAGGUGACGCCAAGAAACCGGAAGCGUUUCACUGGCACCUGCUGAAAAACGUCCCCUUCCUGAUCUUUUGUCUCAGCAACAUGUUUUUUCUGAUCGCCUUCAAGACGGCCUUCACCUUUCUCCCGGCGAUGGCCAUAUCGAAAGGACUCUCCAAACGCGAGGCAGCUUUGGUGUUGACUGUUUCAGGGGCGUUGGACACAUUCGGGAGAAUGGCUUUUGGUUUCGUCAUGGACAUCAAAGUGUGCCGACCGCUCCGACCCUACGUCUUCACCUCCCUGCUGUUCUUCAUCUCCGGAGCGUCUCUCCUGGUGCCGUCUCUGAACAGUCUGGCCACGUACUGUGUGGUCAGCUCGGCCUACGGGUUCAUGACCGGGGCCUUCAUUUCCCAGAAGAUGGUGGUACUCAUAGACAUUCUGGGGAGAGAAGUCAUGCCAAGUUCUCUGGGAAUCAGCAAAGUUUUUCAGGGAAUAGGGAGUCUUAUAGGUCCACCUUUUGCAGGGGCGUUGAGAGAUUCACUGGGGUCGUUUGAUAGCGCCUUCUACAUGGGCGGCGCCUGCAUGUUUGGCUCAGGUCUGCUAAUGGUGUUGAGUAAUAUUUUAAUGUGGAUUCAGAAGCGGAGACAAUCAAAAGUUGAGAAAGAGGUUGUGAUAC